CUUGGGCAUGCGCAAUAACGGAAAGUUCCAACUUAGUCCGUGCGGCCUUUGUGUGAAAAGUUAAAAGCUGAAAAAUGGCAGAAGCAGCUGUUCAUCAAGCCCUUUAUUCGAGCGAGGGAGCAGGGGAUAGCAUGGAUUCUCUAGAAAAUGAGAAAUCCAUGAAUGGUGAUGACAGUAUCCUGAACAACAUUCACCAGAACAAGCAGAAUGGGUUCGCUGAGGAAAGUGAGGCGGGGGAGGGUUCCUCGAGCAGGAGCCCUGACCGCAGGGACAAGGAGCGUGAACAAAAACACAGCUCAAAAUCAGACAAGCAUAAGCAGAGCUCCCAUAGUAGCUCAGACAAACACAAGUCUAGCUCAAGCAGUAGCUCCAAGCAUCCUUCAUCCAGCAGUUCCAGCAAGCACCGCGAUGGUCAUUCUUCUAGCUCAUCGCACAAGCAUGGCUCUAGCUCGUCCUCUAGUAAAAACAAGGAGGGGCAUUCUAGUUCAUCUAGAGAUAAACACAGUAGUAGCCACAGCAGCAGUAAGGAUAAACACAAGAGCUCCUCUGACAAGCACCAUAGUAGCUCUUCUUCCUCCGACAAGCACAAACACAGCUCAAGCUCGAGCAGUAAACAUUCCUCUGGUGAUAAACACAAGGACAAAGAGAGGGAGAAGGAUAAGAGUAAACACAGCUCAAGCAGCAGUCGGAAAGAGAAUGAAACAGAAGAAGAGAGAAGGGUAAGGAAGGAGAAGGAAAGACAGGAGAGAAAGGAAAAGGAGAGGCAGGAAAGGAAGGAAAAAGAAAGGCAAGAGAGGAAGGAAAGAGCCCAGGAAAGCCAGGAGUCUGAGGCUGAAAUUCAGGUGAAGAGGGAGUCCGUGUCUCCAGUGAAACAAGAGAAACGGUCUCCAGUGAAACCCAAGCAGGAGCCCGAGAGUGAUGACGAUGAUGAAGACGUUCCUCUGUCUGUGCGCCUAAAGCAAGAGAAGGUGGACACUAAGCCUGUGAAGCGGGAGAGGGAGGAGUCAGACGACGAGGAUGAAGAUGUUCCUUUAGCUGCCAGAGUGGCCAAGGUGAAGAAAGUGAAGAAGGAGAAAGUUGCCCCUACCUCUGGUAAAAAACGCAAGGCAUCAACCUAUGAUGAGGACUCUGAAGAUGAAAAGCCAUUGAAAAAGAAGAAAACUCCCUCAAAACCCUCCCCCACUAAAGGUACAGCAACCACGCCUAAGGGGAGGAAGGGUAAAAAAGAGGAGGAAGAGGAGGUUUGGAAAUGGUGGGAGGAGAAAAAGGUGGAUGACGGCAGCAAGUGGCAGUUCCUCGAACACAAGGGUCCGUUGUUUGCCCCUGCAUAUGAGCCACUACCAGAUGAUGUGCACUUCUACUAUGAUGGUAAGGUGAUGAAGUUAAGCGAGGAUGCAGAGGAGACGGCCACAUUCUAUUCUAAGAUGCUGGAGCAUGACUACACAACCAAGGAUGUAUUCAACAACAACUUCUUCAAGGAAUGGAGAAAGAUGAUGACUUUGAAGGAAAAGGAGAAGAUAACAGACCUGAAAAAAUGCAACUUCAAGGACAUGUGCGAGUAUUUCAAGCUAGAAAGUGAGAAGCGGAAAAACAGGUCUAAGGAAGAAAAACUGAAAUUAAAAGAAGAGAAUGCAGCCAUCCAGGAAGAAUAUGGUUUCUGCAUUAUGGACGGACACAGGGAGAAGAUUGGCAACUUCCGUAUUGAACCCCCAGGCCUGUUCCGCGGGAGAGGGGACCACCCCAAACAGGGCAUGUUAAAGCGCAGGGUACGACCAGAAGACGUUAUCAUCAACUGUAGCAAAGAUGCAAAAGUUCCUGAACCACCAAAAGGACACAAGUGGAAGAAAGUACAGCAUGACAAUACGGUGACCUGGCUGGCGAGCUGGAAUGAGAACAUUCAGGGCCAGAUCAAGUACAUCAUGUUGAACCCAUCAUCUCGUCUCAAGGGCGAGAAGGACUGGCAGAAGUAUGAGACUGCUCGUCGCCUCCACCAAUGUGUUGACAAGAUCCGCGCCAACUACAUGGAAGACUGGCGCUCCAAGGAGAUGAGGGUCCGUCAAAGGGCCGUGGCCAUGUACUUCAUUGAUAAGCUUGCCCUGAGAGCUGGUAACGAGAAAGAAGAGGGUGAGACAGCUGAUACUGUGGGCUGCUGCUCGCUCCGUGUCGAACAUCUCACCCUGCACUCGGAGAAGGAUGGCAAACAGUAUGUUGUAGAGUUUGACUUCCUGGGUAAGGAUUCCAUCAGAUAUCAGAACGCCGUGCCUGUGGAGAAACGAGUCUACAAGAAUCUACAGAUGUUCACGGACAACAAAGCGCCUGGGGAUGAUCUCUUUGACAGACUCAAUACAACAAUUCUGAACAAACACUUACAUGACCUGGUGGAGGGGCUGACAGCCAAGGUGUUCCGUACAUACAAUGCCUCGCGCACACUGCAGGAACAGCUUGACAUCAUGACUAAUGCUGAAGAUCCGAUUCCUGCCAAGAUGCUGUCAUACAACAGAGCCAACAGGGCUGUCGCAAUCCUAUGUAACCAUCAACGGGCAGCCCCCAAGAACUUCAGCAAACAGAUGGAAAAUAUGAUGGCAAAGAUCAAGGACAAACGUGGCCAGGUAAAAGAAUCCAAACAGCAGUACAAGCAUGCCAAGGCAGCCUUCAAGUCUGAGAAAACACAGAAAAACAAGAUGCUGUAUGAGAAGAAGAAAAAGGCAUAUGAGCGUAUGGAGGAGCAGCUUACCAAGCUGGAGGUGCAGGCCACAGACAAGGAUGAGAACAAGGAGAUCGCCCUCGGAACCUCCAAACUUAACUACUUGGACCCACGGAUCUCCGUCGCUUGGUGCAAAAAAUGGGAAGUUCCUUUAGAGAAGGUCUACAACAAGACACAGAGGGAGAAGUUCCGAUGGGCAAUAGAUAUGACCGAUGCAGACUUCAGAUUUUAACACACGCUUUUAUAUAGGCCAUUGUCACUGUACAGAAACAUUUUAUAACCAUUUUAGUCCCCUUGUGGUAUGUUUUAUCAUAAUCGUUGCAUGAUUUGUAUCACUUGAUCAAUUUGUAUCCAUAUUUUGUCUGAAUUCACCCAGUUAUAUGUGUUAAGCCAGUCUUUUUUAAUUUAUGUAAUGAUUAAUAUGAACUCUGAAUGGCAAAAUAUUAAUAAGGGUUUUAGCUAGAGUAAUGAAAGGUUGCUGCAUCCUGGUCUUUUUGGUAGCAGCCCCCUGCCUUCAUGGAGACAACAUGUACACCAUUCUGCUUUGUUAUAAUUUAAUGCUUUAGGUUAUCAAAUAUUUUCUUCGAUUUGUGUUAAAACUUGUAUGAUUAUAAAUGCAUGCAAACUUGGUAUAUUGCACAGUUGAAACCUAAAUAUACUUGACUACCGGUAUAUACAUUUCUAUUAUCUAAUAUUAUGUUCUUCACAGCGUGAUACAAUGUGCCCUUUAUAGCUCUUGUCCCUUUCCUGCACUACAGUGCCCUUUUAAAACCCAGCUGAAACCCUAUUAUGCACAUGCUUUCCAGAAUGUAACAGUCUUCAAAUUAUUACUUUCAUCAUGAGGAGUGGUCUACCAUUGAUCUUUCAUUUUUCAUUGAAUCCAUGAUUUUGCAAUGUUUGUACAUGUGUAUAAUAAUAAGCAUGCAAAAAGUGUUUUAAAUAGCCAUAUCUUUGUUUCACUUUGAAAGUAUUUUAAAAUAUAUAUCAACUGUUCAUUUUUCUACCUGUAUAAAAUGAAUAGAUAAUGAAAUAAGCGCGGAUCUCAAAAUAGUUAGAAUUUCUUAAUCUUAUUCAGUAUUACUAUAUAUCUUAAGUUCUUUCCGUCCUAAGGAAAUUCCCUGAAAGCUUUAAGGUUAUUUAAGUCUAGUUCUUGUGAUUCUUGUAUUUAACAAUGUCAGUAGUUAAAAUAAGCUGCAGUAAACACACCCUGGUCCCUGUUUAUCAUAGCUUCUCAUGUCCCUUAUAACAGGUAAAAUCUUAGGUAACUAUCAGCAUUUUUUUUCUCUAAAACUUGCAUACUGGUAAUAGUUUGUAAUAAGGUUUUGGACUUAAAAUAGGAAUUAUUUCAAUGAUAAAAACAAACAAUUUUUCAUAAAUCAAAAUCAGAUUUAGUGUAUGUAUUUUGGCUUAUUGAAAUAAGCUACUUAAGCCUGUUAAGCUUGAGAAGUUUCGAGAAAUUGGGACCUGUACUGGUAAAAUGUUUUUCGGCUUGCUCAAUUUCAAGACUUUUUUUAAAGCAGGUAUUCAAAUGUUAAUUUUCUGUGGCAUGCAUUAGUUUUAAAGUAUUCAGACUUCUUCUUUCAAAAGUCUAUUUUCAAUUGCUGCUAUAAUAUGAAAAUUUGGUAUCCAAAUAUUAGAUUUAUUAUUGGCUACAUUUACCAAAAUAUUUAGAGCUCUAAAAUAUUGAAUUUAAUGAAAUCUAGUGUAUUAUAAUAUAAAUAUCAAUCAGAUUAAAUAGCUUAAUAUUUAUUUGUCUAUAGGAAGCUUAUUUAUUCUGUACAUACAGGUAUUUAAUAUGUGGUAUUGCCAUAACUUGACUGAUUCUGUGUUUGUUUUUUUCAAGUAUUACACAAAGCUGCCAAUAGCAUGCAAAAGGUGACUGUCGACAUGUACACAGUAAUGAAGUGUAAACAUUAAUGGAGAACAUAUCUUGAUGUGUGUAUUUUAAUACUUACAUGACACUAUAUGUAUUUUUAUUGAUUUACCAAAAUCAUGGGGUUAAUGUCAGAAAAUACCAAAACCUUAAUACUUAUGUCGCUAUACUUUCUGGUAUUGACCCCAUGCUUUAUGACUGUCGUCCAUUGUACAAGAAAAUAUGCCUUUGAGAGGCAUGUGGGCUUCUGUAUAUUUUCAAACAAGCAAUUUCAUUGGGCAUACAUGAAUUUUUUCAUACUUUUAAUUGUAUAUAAACCUCUGAUACCAACUGUGCAUUUUAGUUGUCAAUAAUUUUAUUCUUAUCAUGUAUACAUGAAGUUUGAUUGUGUGUAGGGUCUGUGCUCAGAAUCCAUGUGAGAAAAAGGUCAAAAUUAUGUAUUUAUUUUUGUGAAACUUGAGUACUAAUGAAAUGUUUGUAAGUUUGUGAUUUGGAAAAUUUUGGCCUUUUUAACCUUUGUGUACAUGUAUUUUUAGUACUAUCACAGUAUAGGGUGUUUAAUGUAACUUUGUGAUCAGUUGCGUUGUUAUUUGGAAGUAGUUGUGUUUGUAACUGAAUCAAUUCAGAAUCUCCAACCAUACAUCCUGAGGGCUGUUCCAUUUAAACAUAUAACCCCCAGGCGGCGGAAGGCACUUUUGAUAUAUACCGACCCCUACAGAAGCAAAUUUACACUUUCGGGGUCCAAAUUAGCGACAUCCUCCUUGUACUAUUUAAAUAAUUGCCUUCCCCCCGCGGGUCAUAUGUUUUACUGGAAUAGCCUUGAGUUAUAUUACAUCAUUCCAUUACAGUUAAUCGAUACUUUGGAGUUUGUUAAAUCAGGGACCCAUUUGUUAGUUUAUUUACACAAACUACUGAAUCGUAAAUACUUUUAUUUUAAUGAAAUCAUGUUAUCUUGUGUUCUAAAAAUAGACUAAAACAGACCAGCUGAUGUUAAAAAUUCUAGUGUUGGUUCUGCGUGUUUAUCGUGAAUGUCUGUUAUAUUGUCAUUUGUCAUACCAUGUGACAUUGAAUAAAAAUAAAACAAA